AUGAACCGCCUCUUCGGCACGACCUCCAAGGCGCCCAAGCCGACCCUCAACUCGGCCAUCGGCGGCAUCGACGACCGCAUCUCCUCCAUCGACGUCAAGCUCGCCUCCAUCAACGCCGAGCUCUCGACCUACCAGGCCAAGCUGGCCCGCAUGCGCGACGGGCCCGGCAAGACGGCCCUCAAGCAGAAGGCCCUGAAAGUUCUGCAGCGCCGGAAGCAGUACGAGGCCCAGCGCGACCAGCUGCAGUCGCAGGUCUGGAACAUGGAGCAGGCGCAGACGAUGCAGGACAACCUCAAGAACGUCAUGACGACCGUCGACGCCCUCAAGUCCACCAACAAAGAGCUCAAGAAGCAGUACGGCAAGGUGGACCUCGACAAGAUCGAGCGCCUGCAGGACGAGAUGGCCGACCUCAUGGACGUCGGCAACGAGAUCCAGGAGAGCCUCGCCCGCAGCUACGACAUACCCGAGGACGUUGACGAGGCCGAGCUCGACGCCGAGCUCGAGGCCCUCGGCCAGGAGGUCGAGCUCGAGGGCGAGCUCGGCGGCGCCGUCGGCCUGCCCAGCUUCAUGCAGGACGAGGUGCCCGAGUUUAUCGACGAGGCGCCCGCCGUCGAGGGCAAGGUCAAGGAGGCGGCCGGGUAG